CAACUUAUUACGAGUCCCGAGACCUGCAUUUGACAGACUUUAGCGGCGGUAUUAAAGUUUGUAAAAUAUUCGAUCGUGUCCUUUAUUUUCGUACUUUACUGCAAGGAACUCUCGCUACUUUAAAAAGAGAUAGAGAGCGAACGGGGGAUCGAGAGAAAACGCGACGAAAAAAAAAGAUAAAAGAGUUGGAAAAAACACGAAGUUCGUGAAAAAAGUGUGACAGUCGAAUAAUCUGAGUUAACAGAUUGAAAUUGAUUUCCCGUCGCACCUCUUCGCGUCUAUUUAAUACACGUGUCAACAAAAGUCAUUGAAAUAUUUGUUUAUGAAAAAAUUAGAAUAAUACGAUUGAAGAGGGUAUUUUUAAGUGAUCUUCUGCGAAUAUUGAUUCUUCAAAGCCGUAAUAGCACAUCAUCAACAACCGAUUACGCGAAGAGGAAAGAUGCUAAUUAGCGUUGUAGUCUGUGAUGAAGUUUGCCUUACAUCGAUUGUAUUAUUUGAGAACUUUCUAAUCCUUGUUCUCCUAACAAGGAGAGUUUUGAGCCUCCGGGUCAUGGAUUUUGAUUAAACUAUGGUAGGUGUUUUCGAGCUUUGGAGAAUGAGCUCUCAGCCUGUAGUUUGAUCUUAUAGGCCGGAACUUUCGACACGACCUUCAAAUAGCCGACAGCAGAGUAAUCGAAGUUUAUCGCGCACAUUCAGCGCUGUUUAUUAUUAUAACCGGCUUUAAAUUGAUAAAAUAUAUAUUAAAGCAUACAUUAUGAAAAUAUAAAGCGUAGCAAAUUGGAAGGUAUAUGCGCGGGACUAGUUGACGCAGAUCUGAUUCUAAGGUCAGCCAGUGUCGAGUUCAUUUAGAUGAGUGUAAACCACGCGAUAUUUUUUUUUUCUGCUACGUUCCGUACACUGAACUAUAUAAUAGAUGCGCACAGCAUUAGGCGACGAGCAGGAAGCGUCUGAAAAAUGAUUUAAAUCUUUUUGACUGCGUAAUAUAAAAGCGUAUUCACAAAACUACAGCUGCUCUCGAGGCUGAAGGCUUUUCCGCAGUUUUUAAGAGCACACGGGCUGUGCCUACAAUAUUCGCUCGAGCUAUGCGAUGUGUUUACCCUGAAUAAAUACAGUGUACGAAACAAGUUGAAUGGAAUAUUUUCGAAUUUGGCAUCGAGCACCGCGAUCCCCGCGAGAUUACGAAAGAUCUCGUUUUCUCGCCGAAGUUAUGCACACGCUCAUCGAUUUCCAGUUUGAAAGCCCACUUGCAACGGUUAUAUACUCUCCCGAGAGUUAACACCGGAGCACGUACGGAGGCAUCUUCGCUCGGCCUUAAUUCAGUCGAGCUGCAGCGACGGGCGAGAAAAGGGGACGACAUCGAAGUCCAAGGUACACAGACCUAAAGGCGAAAGAAAGCUCGUCGAGCAAAAGUACGCAGACUACGAGAUAAGAGGCGAGAGAAAGAGACGGACAAAGACGGAGAGAAAGGUACGAAGAAAAGAGAGCAGCGGAGCAUCGCAGCCAGCGACGGCGCUCGUGGCCAAGAGGCGAAAUCUAAUAUAAACGCGCGUACUCUCUCUCUUUCUUUCUCUCUCUCUCUCUCUCUCUCUCUCUCUCUCUCUCUCUCUCUCUCUCUCUCUCUUGCUCUCAGCUCUACAGUCCAUCUCUCUCCGUGUCGUGGGACGACGGCGACGACGACGACGCGCGACACGCGACACACGUGAGAAAGGAAGCAGAUCGGCGGGCGGUUCAAAAUAAUCCACGCGCGCAGCGGAGGCUCUCCUCUCUAUAAAUACAAUACGAAAAGUCAGUCCGGUGCUCGGCGUCGCGAUGCUCGGUCGCUGAUGCCGCCCGCUCUUAUUGCCCCGAUUUCCACUCUCUCUGUCUGUACGUGUGUGUGUGUGUGUGUGUGUGUGUUCGCGCGUGUUAUACCUGUAUACCUAUAACGUAGAAGUCUCCCGCGCGGUGAUAAAUAAUCCAACCAGUGGCGCAUACAGCUCGAUGUCGCAGAGAGGCUAAUUCGCCGGAGCACACGUGGUCCGCUCCGCGAUAUCGAUCGAGCGCAGUGAAUGAGCUCCGAUGCGCAUUGCUGAAUAGCCGGCCGUUGUUGCCGUUGUCUCGUUUGGUCAACGCGCCGAAAAAAGCUCGCAGCGAAGAAACAAACAUCGGAUGACGAGAUAUUGCCAAAAUUUCUCGCUCUCGACCGGCUCGCCAUCGCAGCUGAUUCACUCGUUGUACCUCGAAUGCGGAGUUCAGCGGAAUUUUUCAAAUAGACAAAGGAAUAACCCGCAUGAGUGUCUCCUUCCGCGGAUCACGAGUCGCUCGCGCACAGUGGAGCGGGACUACCUGAGGAAGCUAUCGCUCCGUAUCGUGAAAAAAUGUAACGACGCAUACUCGGGGCCCUCUCUGUCUCUUGAGUACGAAAAUAAAUUACGCUCGCCGCCGAGCAAAACAACACUCAUCGCGCGGGAUCGAGUGAAUCGCGCGCUGUGCCGGUACCUAGUCAAUUAACUCUGCUGACACGCCCUUCCUCCGUAAGAGCGCAGAGCCACUUGCCCGGCUUGUAGUAGAUAAUAAAUAUCUCGCGAUCAUCGCAUAAUGCUUCUCUGAAGUGCGAGAGAAGAGAGAAAGUGCGAAAACUCGAGAAGCGCGCGUCAGUCGCGGAUAUAAACAAGCAACUCUCGAGUGCUGCGAAAGUGCGCGAAAAGAGCCUCGCAGCCAUGGAACGAGUCGACUUGCUCGAACAGCUGCGUCGCAAGGACAGGAGGAGGAGGAGGGGAUGGACCGUAGUCGUGGGCCACGAAGUUCGUUUCGACGUCGAGAAUGGCGCCUCGACGUUGGACGGCGCCGUCGGCGGAGGAGGCGGCACAUCGCCCAGCACCGGACUCGUGCUGCAAGCGAUGCCCCAGCGCCGCGAGAGCUUCCUCUACCGCAGCGACAGCGACUUCGAGAUGUCCCCGAAAUCGAUGUCCCGCAACAGCUCGAUCGCCAGCGAAAGGUUGAAAGAGACCGAGCCACCCAUCGAGCGAGCUCACGGCGAGGACCUCAUCGUUACGCCCUUCGCACAAAUACUUGCGUCUCUUCGUUCGGUUAGAAACAACUUCCUGUCCCUCACUAAUGUACCUACGAACAAAUCGCGGAGGAGCAGCGGCGCCCAGGGUAGCAGUACGCCACAGCCACGGAUCCUUGCCCCCGGAGAGGAGCCCUACAUGAAGCUCGCUGUCGAGACAAUGGAGGAACUUGAUUGGUGUCUGGAUCAAUUGGAAACUAUUCAAACUCAUCGAUCCGUGUCCGACAUGGCAUCGCUGAAGUUCAAGAGAAUGCUGAACAAGGAGCUGUCCCAUUUUUCGGAGUCCUCGAAGUCCGGAAAUCAAAUUUCCGAAUACAUCUGCAGCACUUUCCUCGACAAGCAGCAGGAGCUGGACCUGCCGUCGCUUCGCAUCGACGAUGCUCCGCCCGGCAGUAUGGACGCCCGGGCUGCUAAGAAGCUGGACCGCGCGCAGCGAGGACCUUUGGCAAUGUCGCACAUCAGCGGCGUCAAACGUCCCCUAACCCACACCAAUAGCUUCACCGGUGAACGGGUGCCCGUCUACGGUGUCGAGACGCCCCACGAAGAAGAGCUCGGCAAGCUACUCAACGACAUCGAUAAGUGGGGCAUCGACAUCUUCAGGAUAGGCGAACUGAGCAAUCACCGGCCGCUGACCGCCAUCGCCUACACGGCCUUCCGUGAGAGGGACCUGCUCAAGAUCAUCAUGAUACCGCCGAAAACUUUCGUCACCUUCAUGAUGACUCUCGAGGAUCACUACGUCAAGGAUAAUCCGUUCCACAACAGUCUUCACGCCGCCGACGUCACCCAGUCCACGCAUACCCUGCUUAAUACUCCCGCUCUCGAGUCUGUGUUCACGCCGUUAGAGAUAACAGCUGCCCUCUUCGCCGCAACCAUUCACGACGUCGAUCAUCCUGGUCUCACCAAUCAAUUUCUUAUUAACUCAAGUUCAGAAUUAGCUUUGAUGUACAACGACGAAUCCGUGUUAGAAAAUCAUCAUCUGGCAGUUGCGUUCAAACUGCUGCAAAACGAAGGCUGCGAUAUCUUUUCCAACUGCACGAAAAAGCAACGCCAGACCCUGAGGAAAAUGGUCAUAGACAUGGUACUGUCCACGGACAUGUCCAAACACAUGUCCCUCCUCGCCGACCUCAAAACCAUGGUGGAGACCAAGAAGGUCGCCGGUUCUGGCGUUCUAUUACUCGAUAAUUACACAGACCGAAUUCAGGUCCUGGAGAACCUGGUCCACUGCGCCGAUUUGUCGAAUCCGACGAAGCCGCUGCCGCUGUACCGACGUUGGGUCGACCUGCUCAUGGAGGAGUUCUUCCAGCAGGGUGACCGCGAGCGCGAGCAGAACAUGGACAUCAGUCCCAUGUGCGACAGGCACAACGCGACUAUCGAAAAGUCGCAGGUCGGCUUUAUCGACUAUAUCGUGCACCCGCUGUGGGAAACCUGGGCCGACCUCGUGCAUCCCGACGCCCAAGAAAUACUCGACACCCUCGAGGAGAACCGCGACUGGUACCAGUCGAUGAUACCACCCUCGCCCCCGCCCGACUACCAACAGUCCUCCGAGCAUCAACAAGCCGACAAGAUGCACUUCCAGGUGACGUUGGAGGAGGGCGAGGAGCCGCACAGUCCGGACAAGGCGCGCAGCCUGUCGACGGACCAGGGCAACAACAGCGAUCCCGAGGAGAUCCCGGGCGAUGCUGGGAUGUGACGGAGGCUAGCCGGCGUCUGCAAAAAGCUCUACGAAAAAGUACAGCAGACCUGGUGGCGCGUGCGCCAGUGACAUGCCUGCGCUGCUGCUACUGCUCGCAAGAGGACAACCAAGAAUACACACAGACACACAUACACGCAGACACAAACCAUCGUCCGCGCGGCUUCCUGUAUUCCCCUUGUCCAGCGCUACCCCGAGAGACGAAGAGAAAGAAGAAGCAGCAGUACUUCGGCGAUCAUUCCUCUUCUUCGACCCCUCCUUCCUCUCCGAGUCGAAUUUUGGGCAGCAGGAAUGUUGCGGGGCAUCAAAGAUUAUCGAUCGAAGACUGACUGUUUAUAAAGGAAGCGGCGGCGACGGCGUCGUGUUUAUCACGCUACACGUGUGCGCCCAGGGUCGUAACGCGUGUGCAGACGAGCUUAAAAUUCAAACGAAAAUGUAAGUAACGGAGAAAAAAUAACAAAGUCAACAAUGACAACAAAAAAAGUGUGUGGGGAACGUAUAGAGAGGUGUGAAGCCAAAUGAUUUUUUUUCCGUUUGAGGUGUAGGUGAAAUUCGGCUGGCCCGAACUCGUGUCAAGGCGUUAUAGAUCGAGUGCGACGUUUCGUUAGGACGUUCUGUACCUUAUACUCUGUAAUAUUUUAAUUUGAGGAUCAUGAAACACUCGCCCACGCAUAUUGAAUGCACCGAGGGCAAAGUCCGUCUUCUGCGCACAUGAUAACGCAGUUUUUUCCUCCCCUCCGAUUAUACUUUGUACACGACGACGGAGAUAAUGUAAUCGGGAUUAAAAAAUAAAAAAAGAAGUUCGAUUUCGUCGGGGAAGAGGAACAGAUGGACGCUGGUCUAUCGCAUACGCACACGCACACACAUACACACGAAGACAUUAACAAGCUGGGAGAAUUGAUCGCAAGAUGCCAAACAAACAAGAGGGAGCGAGACUGUGCUCGAAAGGGAAAAAACUGCAUUAUCGUGAUACACGAAAACGACGAGAUGAAAGAGACGAGCAGCGAGGAGAGUUAUUAGGCGCUUUCGAUCGAUCGUGCGCAGCAGCACACCCCGUGUGAAGACAGAGACACAAAGACAAACGCAUCAUGUAGUAGUUUCUGGGGUUAUAGAGAAGAGGGAGCAGCGGGAAACUUAUUUUUCUUCCGAUCGACUCUUGUGUCUUGUGUAGCCAGGCUGAUCUAUAUAUUUUCUAACGACAUAUCAUCAAAGAACGUUUAUAUUGCGAAAUAGUGUCCGGCUUGAGAUGAAAGCGAGAUAAAUUAUUAACGAAUAGAUUGAAUCUCCGGCGACUCAUUUGUAUAUCAAAAGAGAGUUGAUUUUUUCCGCUCGAUAUGGAAUAGAAUUUUUCGGGAAAGGACUCCUCGAUUUCUUUGCUUCUAUUAUCGUUCGUGUGUAGCUGCGCAUGUUGUCGAAGCUUUGUGAUUCGGGAAGUGGAAAGUCGUGCGUUGUAUACAUAUAUACUUAAGAGACUUUAAAAGAGCACGACUAUAUCGAUCGAUACUUUUGGUCGAAAUCCAAGAUUACGAUUAAUCGUGGCGUUUUUAACAUUUUACUCGCGGAGGCAGGCUGAGCGAGAAAAGACAUGCUGCAACAUAAAAUCUCUCGCGAGCUUGAGCUGAAUUUGAGAUGUGUACGUAGAGCAACAAGUUUUUCUCGAAAGUAUAAAUACAAAUUGCAGAAAAUUGAUGAAAAAACUCACAGUCUGGAUAGCUCACUAUGGUGCUUAAGAAUAAAUACGUAGUUCGGUGGAUCGCCUCAGGCGGUGAAUUUGUUAUACGUGGAAAUUGAUGCAAAAAGUUCUGCGCCACACACCGACACACAUAUUAUAUAUUAUAUAUAUUAAAGCAGAGAUGACGAAGAGGAUACAAGUAUAUAAAUAAAUGCUGUUAGAACCGUGCGACAAUCGCGAUACAAGAUUCGUCUGUUCUUUCCUCUUUUGCGUUCGAUUUUUUUUCUUAUAUACAUAUAUAGAGAUCUUUUCUUUCUCAUCGAAGAGGGAAGCAAUUAAUUUUAAUAUAUAACUGCGUAAAAGCUGGCCUUUCAGGGUUUGUAUUAAAAUUAAUUCGAACAAAGAAAAGUGGCUACGAUGUUUAUAUAUAACGCAGCACCUGCGAAUGAUGUACAGUGUCAUAGACAAGUGCGAAUCUCGUGGAUAAAUAGUCGUUUUUUAAGGAAAGGAAAAUUCAAACAAAAAAAAAUACACGAAAUAAAUUAACGCAGAUGAACAGUCCUUUCUCUCAUGUUGCAUGUUGAAGGUCGAGGAAUCUCCAUUAGUCCACUUCUCGUAAAAAGAAUAUGAAGGAAAAUAAAAAUAAAAAAGGGAACGCAGUCGUCAUUAUGGUAUACCUACCUUUAUUACCGGUUUGUAAUCGUAGUAAAUCCAGCAUUCGUCCUUGGGAGAGUCGGAUGGAAAUUCGUCGUGAAGAUUAUCUACUUUGCCUGUGUUUGCCGCUGUUCUCGCGAUUUUCAACUCAAACAGUCGAAAUGCACAACUGGUUUGUUGUAUUUUUUUUACCGCUGACCAAGUGUCCUGCAGUUUCUUUUUUCUCACUUAGUUUUAUGAGAAAGUUAUCUCGGCAGAGUAUUUUUACCAGUUCUUUUAAAAAUGAGAAUCAAAUUUUAAAACAAAAUUAGAUUUGUCAAUUAUAACUCGAUUUUUAUACUUGUAAGAUAGUUUUACGAUUUAUUGAAAAUAAUAUUUUAUACGGAUAAAUUUACAAUGUAAGGUUUCUUAAUUUUAGUGCAAGUGAUGACGAACUUUAAAAAAUGAUUAUAUAAACAUGUGCAGUAAACAAAUUUGAUCUCUCGAACAAGAGUUCAAAAUUAUUCACUGUAAAACGUCAUAAUUAAUUAAUUUGGCAAUUAAAAUGAUUUAUGAUUUUUUUCAGACUGUUGUAAUGUGCACAAUUUCUGAUAAUAUUUUUUAAGUGUUACUAGUUUAAUGAAUAUCGUUAAAAUAGAAAUAAUAAAAUGAAAGCAAAAAAAUAAGUAUUUAUCGUGCUUUUCAUCCGACUCUUGCCCCGACGAUGUAGAAUCAAUCACGCGUCUCUCUCCGCUUGUGCGCAAGUAGUCUCACACAAGAGUACGUCGUUAUAGCUGAUGUCCGAUCGGGAAAUCUAUGUGCGCCCAUCGAGCUUCAUGACAGGCGACUCUGAGAAAAAAAGCUAAAGAAACAAACUGUGAAGGAUCGUGCGGCAGAUUUUCUCAUAGCUAAAACUGACGAGCUUUUCAUACUCCUAGCGCCAUCAUCGACGAUUAAGAUAUGUACGCGAAACACAAAACAGCAUUGUGAAUCUUAGCACAAACUUCAUCUACGAACAAACGGUCGUCGAUUAGCUAACGUAAUAAAUAAAUACAUCAAGCUGAAACGCAAACGAGAGUCCGUAGAUAUAAUUCGCGUGUAGAUUACCUAAACAACAACAACAACAACAACAACAAAAACUCCGACGUAAUCGCAUUAGUUUAUGAAA